AUGAGUAAGAGGAUUAGUCAGAGCAAACCCUCGACCUGCGAUGGUAAGGGGGAACCGUCGGAGCUUGAGCUCUGGUUAAGGGAAUUUGAAAAACUUUUUAAUGUAGUUGAAUGUCAGGAGGAACUGAAAGUCAAUCAGGCUGCAUUUUAUUUGGCUGAAGGGAACUUUGGUUGGGAUUUGUUUAAAAAGGCCAUGCGAGAGAAAUUCUACCCGCUGUACGUGAGAAAAGAUAAGUCGAACGAGUUUGGUCGAUUGGAUAUUGGUGGUAUGACUAUUGAUAAAUAUUACCACAAAUUUAUGGAGUACAUCAAGUAUUGUCCUAAUAAUGUUCCCACUAAGGAGAAAAAGAUGCAACGUUUUGAACUAGGUUUAUCCUUCGAUAUUCAAAAACAUAUUGAAAGUGAUCGUUAUAACACGCUGGAAAAAAUGUACAAGCGUGCGUCUCAAAUAGGAAAUAUUUUGAGGAAGGAGAAGGAAAGAGAGAAGGGUAAUAUCCCCGAGAAGAGGAAAGAAGGUGUCGGUCAGGCAUCAGGGACUCCGUUAGGUUUUUAUCAAAAGAAGGCAAGAACAUUCGACAAUUUUCAAGAAAGCGGGUCUAGUGAAAAUACUGGAUUUAAGGGAGAAGCAAAGCCUGCUAAGCUAUUAUUGGAUCGAGAUGGCAAUGAAAGGAUGUACUUCUGUAGGAGGUGCAAGAGAAACCAUCCUGGGAAGGAUUGUGAAGGGAAUUUGGUUGAGUAUAAUUUCUGCCACAAAAGAAGACACAGGGAGUAUGAAUGCUACACAAAGAAGGAAAGUGGAAAUCAACAGCCGGGUGGACAACAUUGGCAACUUAAUUCAAGCAACUCCGGAGGACAAGUCAAUCAGCAGUACGGGAAUGGUAAUCAUGGUAAUGCUGGUCAAAGGUCCCAACGAUCUUUUAAUGGGGGAAAAGGCCGGGUGGAUGGAAAUCGGGUUGAAGGGUUAGGAAUGCAACAUGGGGGAAACCAAGUGGGAGGAAAGAACGCACAGCCGACUGGUGGAUGGGUAUCUGCGGUCAGUGCAAGGGAAGCUGACCAGGCGACAGAUGUGGUUAUAGUGGCUGUCCUAUCGGGAAAAUUAUACAAUUGUAAUAGGCUGUAUAAGGAAGUACCCUUGAGGAUAGGAAAAGUUGUCUUUCCUAGCAACUUAUAUGUGUUAGAUAUGGAGGGCUUGGAGGGAAGAAGGAGGAGGAUCCUAAGGAUAUUGCUAAUAGUGAAUGAAUUUUUGGAUGUCUUUCCUGGCAAAAUUCCCGGUAUGCCACCUCAACGGGAAAUUGAUUUCACGAUAGACUUAAAGUCCCCAUAUCGCAUGGCUCCGAAGGAGAUGGAGGAAUUAAAGUCUCAGCUUGAGAAAUUGUUGGACAAGGGUUAUGUCCGACCUAGUGUUUCACCUUGGGGCGCUCCAGUUCUGUUUGUGAGGAAGAAGAAUGGUAGUUUGAGAUUAUGCAUUGACUAUAGGGAGUUAAACAAGGUGACCGUUCAAGAACAGGUACCCGUUACCCCGCAUAGACAACUUAUUUGA